GUUAAAAAUUCACCGCUUGUUAUAAAUAAUGCCUGCGACACAAGUUAAAUCAAUAGUUUUUAAAUACCUCUGAAGAAAUGCGAAGUAUAACAUUCACAACCCUAAGGCAAACAAGCUAAUCGACGGAUUCAACUGUGGCGAUUUAAAGCUUUCCUCCUUGUAGGUUACAGUCCCUGUGGCCUCUGCAGCAUCAUGGUGGACAUUGCUGUGAAGAGUGGAGCUGCUUGGGUCUGUCAUGCUCAUCUGGCUGAUGUCCUGCUUCCUGUUCACAUCAGUAAUGAAGAUAAUCAUGAAGAGGAGCUGAGUCAGUCAGAGAAAGACAAGACAAAUGGGUGCAGCCCAGUGCUGUUGGAGCAGACAGAGGAAGGGUCUCCCUGCGUCCUGACAGUUAAUUGUAGCCCCAAUGCCCCCGCUGCCAUCAGCCGCCUGCUGGUCAUCAGCGAGGCACGAACCAUGGAGCUGUAUAACCAGAUGGGAGAAUACUGUGGGACAGUACGGGGAGACAGGGAAGAAAGCAUCCAGCCGGACAGUGAAGACAGGGGGCCUUUCUUCAGGAAACAGCUGAUCCUGGAACACCCAUCAUCUGCCUGUGAAGUGAAAUUGCUCUCCCUGGCCGGUAGAAGCAGCGUCUUGGUGUGUCGAGUCAUGGUGGGUCUUCAGCCGUUACAGCCCUGCCCAGCCCGUGGCCCCGGCAUUGACAUGCAGCAGGUUCAGUGUCUGGUUGAAGAGAUGGGAACAAACCUCUCACCAGGAGCCCAGAACCUCAUGGACAUGGUCCACUUCCAGCAGAAGAACCAGACCAGCUCUCUAGGCGGUUUCCUGCCUCUCCUGAUGGGUGGUGGAGCUUUCUCUCUCCUGGCUCAGGGAGCAAACAUCUCCCCAGCAGCUGCCAGCAAUCAACCCCAGCCUGCAGAAUCCACGCCUCCAGUGGGCUUCAUCAGCCCUGUAGACGAAGCUCCACCAGCUCAGAACGGAGCAAUGUCCAAUGGCUCUACUGCCUCCUCUCCAGACUGCACAUUGUCUGAUGUCAACACUAAGAACUCAGUGAGCAGUGACAGCGGAGGCCCCGUGAGCCAUGCCCAGUUGGCAGAGAUGAUGUCACACUUCCUGAAAGGUCAAGGGCACGGACAGGUGUUAAGCUCCGGCCCUGAGCUUCUGCCCAUGCUUCAGAGCGUCUGCGGUCAGGUGACACAGCUGAGACUGGAUGAUGCUGCUGCAGCGGCAGAGAAAGAGAACAAGUUGAGAAAUGGCUCAUGGGAGUUGGACUCAGCCAUGGAGCGCCGGCUGGAAGAGAUGGAGAGGAGGCUGAAAGAACAUGUGGACCGUCGCUUGGAUGCUCUGGAGCAGAAACUGGAGAAGGCGCUGCUGAGCGCCCUGCCGCUGGUCGCCCUUAACCAGGGGGGUAUGAGCAGUUCAGCGGGAGGACCAGCAUCCACUGGACCUGUGGAGCAGACCGCCCCAACACCAGCCAUACACUGAGUUCAGAACCACUAAAAGACUAACUUAACAUGUAAGCUGGAGGCCUUACUGCCCAUGGUCCUCCUCAAACCAGACCUUAGUGUCAGAGGGGAGCCAGAGUAGGACACAGACACUAACAAGGACACAGCAGGAGGUGAAAGGCUGAAAUGGGAAAUAUGGGCAAAAUUAACCCAAUAAUUGCAAUAAUCUGCUAAAACAUAAAGCUGUGUUUCAGUAGGUGGCAAAAACCAUCACCAACACUGAAUUCUCCAAUUGUGGAGAUGGUUACUGUUAAACUUUUAUCUCUAGUAAAAAAGCAAGUGAAUGCAACACUGUUUGACAGCUGAAGUGAAUGUCCUGGAUGUAUUUUACAAUUAUGAACAUGAUGUAAUAGUUUUAGCUACAGAAACAAUGAAGUUAUAAUUACAGAAAUCCCAUGUUCAGAUCACCACCAAAAAAAAACAAAAAAAAAACAUGACCUGUGGCUGCAGUGCAUCCUGGGCAAGUUUGGCCAGAAAAUCAAGUAAAAUUAAGCAUGGCCAGCAGGGAACCUUCUGCUGCAACCUAGCUGCAGUGUUAUGAUCUUAUCCUUGUUAUUGUUGGCAGGUUUUAACAGAAUUAUUAUUUCCAUGCAACACCAGCAGAACACUCAUUUAUUGACAACAAUGUGCAUUUAAACGCUCCAAUUUGUCCGUCCAGGUUUCGUGAUCCAGAUGAUCACCCAGUCUUCAGUUGUGUCGUGACUAACAGUUAUUCUCAUUCACAGUUUGCACUGUAACUGCACUGAUCUGCUGCGGUUAGUCAGGCCUGAAUUGUUCAGUUUGUUUUGACAGUUGUGGAAAAUCCCAGAGUGAAUACACAUAGUCCUAUUACAGGAGUGUGUAUAGAGGGUGUAACUGAUUAAAAUGUAUUUUAAUAUGGCACUGUAAUGUUUUAAAUAAUGUACAUGUCUAUAAUAUAUGUAAACCAUGAAGUGACUGUUUUGACAUGUGAUGUGAAUGGUUUUAAUAACUGUACUGACGUAAAUAGCAAAUAAAAAUAUAUUUAUACAGA